GCGGAAGCAGCUCGUGAACGAUGAUGUGUCCGGUUAGAGUGACGGAGCCGCGCGAGUAGAGCCACAAAUAACCAAACCAACAAACAAACCAAUAAACGGGUCAGACAGACGGACGGAGGCUCGCGGGCUCGCGGUGAAGAUGAGGCGGUGAGCGGCGCUCGUGCUGGAUCCGGAACCUGUCCGCGUGAGUGUGACCGGAGGAGGAGCGGGAGCGGGGAUGGCGGAGGCGGCGGGUCUGGCGGCGCUCAGGCCGGGCGGAGCCGCUCGAGUGGCGGCCGCGGAGGAGAGCGACGCCGCGCUGCUGGAGCCGGAGCUGUGCGGGGAGGAGGCGCUGCUGCUGCUGCCGGAGCAGGACGCGCCGUCUCCGGGGAGAGAGCGGAGGAGCAGGCGGGGCGGCAGGAGCUCCUCAUCGGACAGAGAGGCGCUGGCCUCCCCGGGUAACAGCAGUGGAGAUUUUAACCAUUUCCCAGAAGACCCUGUGUUUGGAGAGAUAGUGCAGCGGGCGGAGCAGGCCAUCGAGAGUGGCGUGUUUCCUGAGAGGAUCUCGCAGGGUUCCAGCGGGAGCUACUUCGUUAAAGACCCUAAAGGGAAAAUCGUUGGUGUGUUUAAACCAAAAUCGGAGGAGCCUUACGGCCACCUGAACCCUAAAUGGACCAAAUACUUCCACAAGGUGUGCUGCCCCUGCUGCUUCGGCCGGGGCUGCCUCGUGCCCAAUCAGGGCUACCUCUCCGAGGCCGCCGCCUCGCUCGUCGACCAAAAACUCGGCCUGGAGAUCGUCCCUAAAACCAAGGUUGUCUCUCUUGCCAGCGAGACGUUCCACUACAAUGCGAUCGACCGGGCCAAGUCUCGAGGGAAGAAAUACGCUCUGGAGAAAGUUCCUAAAGUGGGCCGUCGGUUCCACCGGGUCGGUCUGCCCCCCAAGGUUGGGUCGUUCCAGCUCUUUGUUGAAGGUUAUCAGGAAGCUGAUUAUUGGCUGCGUAAGUUUGAGGCGGAGCCUCUUCCAGAGAACAUGAGGAAGCAGCUGCAGUCUCAGUUUGAGAGACUCGUGGUUCUGGACUACGUAAUCAGAAACACAGACAGAGGAAACGAUAACUGGCUGAUCAAAUAUGACAAGGCAGGAGAUGAAGCUCCGUCAGAGAAGGGAAGUGAAUGGAGUGAACCCAAAGACUGUGCGAUUCAGAUCGCAGCGAUAGAUAACGGCCUCGCCUUUCCCUUCAAACACCCUGACGAGUGGAGAGCCUACCCGUUCCACUGGGCGUGGCUCCCUCAGGCCAAAGUGCCGUUCUCCCAGGAGACCAGAGAACUGGUUCUGUCCCGAAUCUCCGACAUGAACUUCGUACAGGACCUCUGUGAGGACCUCUAUGAGCUCUUUAAGACCGAUAAGGGCUUCGACAAAACCAUGUUUGAGAAGCAGAUGUCCGUAAUGAGGGGACAGAUCCUGAACCUCACGCAGGCGCUGAAGGACGGCAAGAGCCCCAUCCAGCUGGUCCAGAUGCCGCGGGUGGUGGUGGAACGCAGCCGAGGAGGCGGCCAGGGACGUGUGGUCCAGUUGGGCAAUGCCUUCACCCAGACGUUCCACUGCAAAAGACCCUUCUUCACCUCCUGGUGAUGAGGAACUGAGGAACCCGCUGGAGUUGGAGGAGAGGGGCUUCUUUUUGAGUUGGACUGGUCGGCACGUUUGGAGAGAUGGUACCAUGACGUUACGUGGUUGAGGGUGAAGUGGGUCGGAUGGGACUGAAUGAAGGUCUAAGAUGGAAACAUCUCAGCCUUUAGUUAUUAUUUUUUUUCUUUUUCUGAGCCUUUUUCUAGAGUUGUAGCUCGCGUUGAGCGGCGCCGUGUGGAAUAAAGGGAGUCCUGUGUUUAAAAGUGUAAGUAUAGCGACUGCCUUGCUCAACUGCCAAUUUUUUAUAAUCUAAAAUCUAUGAAUGAGGAAUGAAGUACAAAUAACUUUAAAACUUGAAAACUUUUGCUUGAAUGUAACCUGCAAGUUUACAUUUCACAUUUCUCUUGGACGUCGACACCAAGGAGAUAAACAGUGGUAUUUUGAUACGAUGAAUGUAUUUAAUGGUGUAAAGUGUCAGAAUGCUGUCAGUAGUAAAUACAUUGAUACAGUAAGGGUGGGCUCUGAAUUUUGGGGGGGUAAAAAAAAUUUCACUGAACCUGUGUAUGCAUCUUGAGACUUUUCAUUCCUGCUGAACGGUUGUUGAACUGUAUAUUAAGCGACAAAUCAAUAAAAACUUGCAUAUAAAGAAUA